AAAUGAAUAGUAUUGAUUUUUCGUUUGACAAGUCGGCGGAAAACAUCGUCUGUUUUCUAAUCGUAAAUGGAUUAAAAUAAUUCGAAUUCUUUGAGAAUUUUUUAUUCGAAUUGUGUUUAAACUACAAUAUGAGUGAAUUAAGGCACCGAGGUGGCGAAGGUGAUAGAAACGAUAAAGCGGAGACCGCUGGAGAAUCUGACCAUGUUGAUUCGGAGGAAGAAAAGGUAUUGGAAGAGAAAUAUGUAGACGAUUUGGCGAAGAACCUUCCCCAAGGAACGGAUAAGACCCCUGAAAUUCUGGACUCUGCUCUUUCGGGCCUGUCUUCGAGAUGGCGGAACUGGGUGAUCCGUGGCAUCUUUACUUGGCUUAUGAUCGGAGCCUUUUGUCUUCUCAUCUAUGGGGGUCCUCUUGCAUUGAUGAUUACGGUGCUCUGCGUUCAAGUGAAAUGUUUCGAGGAGAUCAUCAACAUCGGCUACGCGGUGUACCGGGUUCACGGGCUGCCGUGGUUCCGCUCGCUCUCCUGGUACUUCCUGCUGACGUCCAACUACUUCUUCUACGGAGAGAACCUCAUCGACUACUUCGGAGUUGUGAUUAAUAGGACGGACUACCUCCACUUCCUGGUGACGUACCACCGCUUCAUUUCGUUCAGCUUGUACUGCGUGGGCUUCGUCUGGUUCGUGCUGUCGCUCGUGAAGCGCUACUACAUGCGGCAGUUCAGCCUGUUCGCGUGGACCCACGUGGCGCUGCUCAUCGUGGUCACGCAGAGCUACCUCAUCAUACAGAACAUAUUUGAAGGCCUAAUCUGGUUCAUAGUGCCAGUAUCCAUGAUCAUUUGCAACGAUGUGAUGGCAUACGUGUUCGGUUUCUUCUUCGGCAAGACGCCGCUCAUCAAGCUCAGCCCCAAGAAGACGUGGGAGGGCUUCAUUGGAGGCGGGUUCUCCACUGUUGUUUUCGGACUUGUGCUAUCGUACAUGAUGUCCCAAUACCCGUACCUGGUGUGCCCGAUCGAGUACUCGGACUCGCUGGGCCGCAUGACGAUGGACUGCGAGCCCUCGCCGCUGUUCCGCCUGCAAGAAUACACGCCGCCGCAGUUCGCGCAGCCUCUGAUGAAAAUCUUCGGCAUGGAAAAACUCAACAUAUACCCGUUCAUGAUCCACUCCCUCGCGCUGAGCAUAUUCAGUUCUGUCAUCGGACCGUUUGGAGGGUUCUUCGCAUCUGGGUUCAAGCGAGCUUUCAAGAUUAAGGACUUUGGCGACGUGAUCCCCGGGCACGGCGGCAUCAUGGACCGCUUCGACUGCCAGUUCCUCAUGGCCACGUUCGUCAACGUCUACAUCACCAGCUUCAUCCGCACCGCCACGCCCCAGAAACUGCUGCAGCAGGUAUACAACUUAAAACCGGAGCAGCAGCUGCAACUGUUCUACGCGCUGAAGGAGUCGCUGGAGAACAGGAACAUCCUCAACAUGGUGCCGUAAGGCGGUAGGCUCGCAAGGUAUACCAGUUAGUACUAUUUGCUUACGAACACAGCACACUGUACUGAGUUGAACACCUACGCGGUUUUCUAAAGCGUAUUAAAGGAGUUUUUUUGUUUUCUUAAAGACGAAGUUGUGCUUUGAACUUGUUUUUUUUUUAGUAGUCUUCCAGCAUUCUUUUCUGCUAACAUUUUUGAGCCAAUUUACAUGGCGCGCUAAAGUUAAAUUAGGUAAUUUAUUUAUCUAUUAGUUUUGUUAAUUACGCGAGGGUUUUUCAACGAGUGCAAAACUGAUUGGAAGGGAACAUAUCCGGCUAUGUACGGUCGAGGAAUUUGAUUCUUUUGCAAUUUGCGGUUCAAGUAAAUUUGGUUGUUCAUACUCAUGCUACGAGCUGUCCAAUGUAAAGUGAACCGGGAACUGCAAAUGAAUCAAUUUUCUCAGCCCAAUUUUUUCGAGAGGAUAGCAUACAUUUUUUUCUAGUCUCAAAAUUGUAAAUUCAUUUGCCUUGGACAAAUACAUUGCGUAAAAUUGUUGACCAAAAUUGUUUUAACGCAGACUUGGCAAGGCAUGCGAUACAUACAUUUAGUUAAAUAAAAGUAUAUGUAUAAUAUUGGCUCUCCUAAAGUAUAUGAUAAAUCGAUAAAAAUGAUAAAAAAGAUUAGAAUUAAUUCUAGAUUUAAUAGAAAAUAUUAUUGUUAAGCCUUGACACAUACUACCUAUCCUAUUUAUCUUAUGUGUUAUCAAAUUAUACGCGGCCCCACUUAAUAUAAAAAAUUAAACAUUGGAAGGCAAUGUCGCCUUAAGGGUCUAAAUGUAAUUUGUUGUUACGUUCGGUUCGUUUAACACUGCAGUAUUAUUACGGUAAAACCAAUUCUAUCACUUCAUUGAUGCAAUACCUCGAUCCUUAUAAAUCUUAUGAUGAACGUCACAAAGACACGUGUAACUAUAAUAAAUCCGCAUGUUGGUAAUUGUAACACUGGCUAGUUUAUAUCAAUGAACCUAACAAUAUGGUUAUGUUUUGAUAUAUCAACUGCGAGUUAAAGGCAUUCCCCUUAUUCAUAAACGUGUACUAAAGUUACGAUGCCGCUAAUAAUCGUUUGCCCCUUUCCGACGUAUUGAUAUGAUGGAAAGGGACAAACGGUUAUUAGCGGCAUCGUAACUUUAGUACACGUUUAUGAAUAAGGGGGUUUGUCUUUGUUUGAUUCCAUAAUAUUUAUAUUCCAUUUUAUAAUAUUUGCUACAUACACUGUGGCAUUCCAUUUUGUGGCAAUAGGCGCUGAAAAGCGUGAAACGUUACCUGUGUUAUUCUAAAAAAAAUGUGCUAUCGUUGAACUACAGAUAUUUUAGUAUGUUAUCGGAUUGGAUAAGAAUAUCAUUGUAAUUCAUAAUCAUACACUGUACAGAAAAUACUCCUGCCUCCAAAUAAAUCACAGCAAUAUUCAUAUCCGCCAUCGAAAUAUAUAAUAGAUUUAAAAAAUUACUCUAAAGUCUAUAUGUUGUCUCGAAAUAUAAUUUUAAGGUGUACUAAAAAUAAUAGGUAAAUUAUUAUAAAUAUGUGUAUUAUAAGUAGUUAUUAUUUACACAUUUCUGAUCUUGAAAUUGUUAGCUUUUCUGGAUACAGUAGUAUGCAAUUUUUUUUAUCAUUACAUUAUCCUGCUUAUAUGUUAUUUUAACGCAUUCACUGCCAGCAACCCGCCAGGCGGGCACUCAGUCCGUAGUCGCUUUUCGCUACAUACGGGUUUUCACAUGUUAACGGCGACGCUCGUAGUGCGUCGCACUCGCUGGCACUGAAUGUGUUAACAAGGAUAGCAACUGAUGGAGGACGGUAUUUUUACCAAUCAAGAUGUAUUUGACAGCAGGCGUUGAUCAUAUUGUUAUAUUAUUAGUUCCUUAAAUUUUUUGGUAAUUGGAUAAGACAGGGAAGCUUUGCAUUUGUUUCUUCGCUGACUGAUAUUUGAUAUGACUGCAUAUGUGCUAAACUUUUUGAACCUUUACCUGAAGUUAGCAUACUGAGUUUAAUACUAGAGGUUCCGUCUCUCAUAAAAAUACUUAGAAAAUGUAUUUGUGGUUGCUUGCAUCUUAUUACCAUUACUCUUUAGAUAUAUUUUGCAAUGACUGGUUGAAUUAAACUCAAGACAUAUUUUCUAAAAAUAACCGAAAAGAAAUCAUCACCAUUCCUAUAUUAAUAUUUAGUAUGCUAACGGACUUUGACUUUCUUUGACAACAUUUACAAAACAUAAAUUCUGAAUUAUAUAUAUUAAUAUUAAUCGGUAUUGGAAUUAGGUUAUUGGUGGAGAUGGUUAAGGUAUAAUUUUAAUUGCAUAUUGUUAGUAAAUUACUUUCGUUUUUCUUAGGACUUUUUGGUGUUAUGAUAUGAAUAAGUUACACUCAUGUUUCUCAAAUAUAUUGUUAAGUCUUAAGAUGUAUUUAAUUAAAAAUGCAAUCCUAUUAUAAUGUUAUAAUAUGACUAUGUCUCAAAGCAGUACUGAUAUAAAAAUAUAUAUGGACCUUUAUUGGUAAUACGAUCUUUAGCAAUUAUAAUUUCAUUUGGGUACUUUACCUUAGAGAUAGUGAAAUGAUUGUUUUCGAUAUAAAUAAUGUCGUCGACAAUAAGUUGUCAUUGUAUUUUUUUUUGUAUUUUUUAAAGGUGUUAGAAAUACACCAAGGGUCUCCAUAAAGGGUUGAAUAGUGAAUUAAUCGUUAUGCGAGGAUAAUUCCGCAGAAACACUGGCGAUGACGCCAAUAACCGUCUAAGUUAGCCAGUAGCGUGCAGUAAAAUGAAGAUACGACGUCAAUUUAUACAGCUAUCAUAUCAAUACAUUUUAUUUUACCUCUGAAAUUACAUGUAUAUUAUAAAAUGUACUGACAAAUACUGUUAAAAGAUUGACUUUUAUCCUCCUUUUACUAUUUUCAAAACAUUAAUUAUUGUUUAAGCUAUUUUCAGAAGUCUUCGGUUGCGAGUGAUUACCAGCAAACGUUAUAGACGUAGUCGCUGUAGCCUUUAGGUAGUAACUCGGGCUUGUUUUAGUAAAUUUGAUAUAUAAUUGUUUCUCGCCGAGAGGUAGACUGUUAAGUUUGGUGAUGUUAUUGUGAUUUUACGUUAUGUUGAGUUUUUCUUAUUUUCGCUAGCUGUUUAGAUGUGUGUGUAGUCGUUAUGUAAGCUAACCUAUGGAAAACUAUAAAAUGAGGAUAUGCACACUCAUAUCUUCAUAAAUGCAUAAUAUUUUUAAAAGUUUUCCAUAUACUAAUAAAAUAUUUAUUUGGCUUUUGCUUCACUCAUUUUGUGCAAGUUAUAUUAAAUGGUUAAGUAAUAUUAGUAUGGAAUGUACCUGCGAGUAUAUUCGUUAUAUAGACAAGGGUGUUAGAAUAUGUUUCCGCUUUGAAUGAGAAAUUAUUCUGAUACACAAUACAUAGGUAUGUGUUGCAUUUUUUCUCGAUGUAUACCAGAAGUAACAUUGUAGGGUCAUUCUCAAAAAAUAUAUCUGCGGUCUAAUUGCCGCGACAUAUACAAAAUGUACGAAAAGAGUCAUGGUAGACGCAACCGCAGGCAUAUAUUCAGAGAAUGACCCUAUAAUUAUUUCUUUUUUUAUUGUACCUAGUAUAAUUAUCUAAUUUUAUUUUUCUCAAAAUGUAAAAAGGAUUUUACUCAUACUCACCUAUUUUUUAUUAUUUUAGCGUAUUCAGAAUCAAAUAUAUGUAGUUGUGGUAUCAUGGCAUACAUAGUUUUUAGAUUUUAAUGUUGGAUUGAUAACGAUGUAUUUGUUAAGUAAUUAGGUGUCUCCAUACGGGUUCAGAGUAUUUAUAGUAUUUGUGGAACUAUCUCGUUCUAUAAAUGGUAAAUUUUUAUUGUCAGGAUACAUUAAGUACCUAUCACUUAAUAUUUUGAUACAAGUUAUGCCUUAAUUUGUCGUAAGUAUAAAAACCAUCCGCUCCGAACCAGAUAUAAAAAAUAGCUCCUAACAAACCAGUAAAAUUGUGCGUCCAUCAAAAAUUAUGACGGACGCGGAUUAGCAAAGUAAUAUACAACAAUAACACAACAAACAACAACAUAAUAAUAACACAACAACAACAUAACAUAAACAACAACACCUUAAAUCCAUACAGGACCUUAAAUCGAUUAAGACCUAACAAGACUUAAACCGUGUCUUAGUGGUUGAACAUUUGCUUCCAUUCAGAGCCUAGAACACAUAUAAACAUUUUGUUAACUUUCAACCGGAGCUUUGCAACUGCAAGUUCAAUGCUACAAUGUUGUUUGAACGCUUAAACAUGCGUUUAGGGCACUGAACGAAGUCGGCACCAGGUCAAAGAUCUACAAAAUUGGCCGUUAAAAUACUCGAUUCUGAACCGUAAUUCUUUUGUAGGUGCGUUUUAUUUAAUAUAUUUCGCAAAAAUGUUGACACUGUCCACUGGGAGUUUUCGCCGCCAUUGAUUUGAUAUAAAGUCAGUACAUAUCGUGCCCCACAAGCCAUGACUUGAUAAGUUAUACGUGUUGGCUACGUGCAAUUUGUGGCUGGACGUUGAUGUCACUCAAUUACUUUAACUUUAUUGACGUGGCGGCGAAAAGGUUAAAAAAGCGGUCAAACCUAAUUUACCCUAAUUUAUUAAUUCGAAUUACAUAUUAACAGAUAAAUCUCGAACGAAUUAAUGGGAAUUAUAAUAAUAAGUAAAUUAUAUUAAAUGUUAUAAGGUCACUUGUAAGUCUAUUGUAAACUUAUUAUACUGAUGUAAUUGGUGUCUGUCUGUGUAGUUUAGACAUUAAAUUAUUUAUUGUUUGUCUUUAUUGUAUUGCGAUGAAGCAAAUAAAUGGAUUCCUUAAA